AUACCCUUCCAGCUUGCCUCCCUGAUUGGCUGGCUUCGGCUAUGCCGAGGCAAAGAGGAAGGAGGGGGCUGCGUGGCCGUUGUGGUUGAGCAUGCGCACUUCUGCGUGGGGAGCGCGGCGUGUCCUACGACCUUCGGCGUGCUUGUUAGCUUUCGAGCAGGUGGCGGAGGCAGCACCUCCUGUUCUUGCUGCAUCAGCCUCUUGCCUGGAGAACGAGGGGCCUUCUAGACUUGUGAGCCUCUAGCUCGGGAGUAGUAGAUCUCGUGACAGUACUUAAAAACCUAAAGUCGUUCCUGCAAGGCUAGAGGCUGCCCACGCCUGGCCCAAAGGACAAAACGGAGGAAGGAAGACACCCCCCACUAUGGAAGAAGGUCUGAAGGGCUGGAACCGCAACUGAAAAGACGCUUCUCCCUGUGGGCAGACCACAGUAUUUCAGAUGAGGCGGUUGCAUAGAGCAGGGCUUCUGGAAAAAAUCUCGAUAAAUAGGAUCAGACCCACUCCUUUGUAGAGAUUCUAAAGUUUUGCAGAAAAUGCUUCGCAAGCAUAAUAUACGGAAAAUAUUGCAAAUGGUACCUGGAAAGCAGCGCUUUGGUAUAUACAGAUUUCUCCCUUUUUUCUUCAUCCUUGGAGGUUGUAUGGAAUGGUUUAUGAUAAAAGGUCGAAUUGGCAAAGAGACUUUUUAUGAUGUUUACCGUAGAAAGCGUUCUGAGAGGCAGUACAAUCAAAACUUGGAAAGAAGAUGAAUUUCACCUCAAAGAGUUUGAAUGAAACGAGUUCUGAAUCUCUAAAUCCUUCUGAUAGAGCACGGAUGAGUCUAGUCCCAUGGAAUGUAUUUUUGCUACUUAAUUAAGAGGUAAAAAAUGUUACCUUGGUGUAAGCAGAACUAUCCAAAAACUAAAUAAGGUGGUUAUUUACUGUAUUUCACAAACAGUAAUUCUUUAUCAGGAGUUUGUUCAUUUUUUAAUAAACUCUUAGCACAAAC